UAUAGAAAUGAUUGAAUGAUAAAGAAAAUUUAUGAGAAACGUAAAAGUAAAUCACUGAUAAAUAAUAACUAUAAACAAAUAUUGCUUCUGUACAGAUUUAACUUUCGUUUUCCUUAAUAUCCUUAACAACGAUGGAAGACCUUUCUUUUAAAACAAAUAGUAAUCGCACAGCAUGCCUUGCUAGAGAAAAAGAGCAGAAGCGUGCUCAAGAGCGAAAAAAACAUCUUUUGUACCUGAUUGCUGAAUUUCUACAAGAUCACGGAUUUACCGAUACAUGUGAAGUUUUCAUCAGAGAAGCUCAUCUUUUAACAGAUAUUAAAGUUUGUGAUAAUAUUGACCUUGAAACAAUUUUAUUGGAAUUUUCAGAUUAUUAUUUUGCAAAAUUUAGUAAAUAUCCAAAAAUUUGUAAAAAGGGGGAAUCAAAAUUAAUAAACAUUAGAUCUAGAAAAGAUAAAAGUAUUAAAGUACUAAAUAAAAAUCAUGAUAGAAUGAAAAGUGAAAAUGAUUUCAUGAAUUCAGGAGAAGAAAUAAAAACCAGCCAUUUAAAGGAACUUGAACCAAAUUUUAAUAUCACAGUAACUCCUUUAUUUCCGUUAGAAAAUUCUAUAAAUGACCAAGAUAAGAGUAUUUUCAGUGAAUCAAAUUUGCGUGAACACAAGUUUUUAAAAUCACUGAAUAGUCUUUACUCACCAGGUUCCGAAUGGAGAGAAAUUGCUUGCAUAAUUACUAAGGAAAUCGUUUUAAGCAAUUUAAAUGUUCAAUGGAAUGAUAUUAAAGGACUUGAAGAAUGCAAAAAUCUUUUAAAAGAAGCGGCAGUUUAUCCUAUAAAAUAUCCACAUAUGUUUAAUGAUAGACUCAGACCUUGGAAAGGAGUAUUAUUAUAUGGACCACCAGGAACCGGAAAAACUAUGUUAGCCAAAGCUGUAGCAUCAGAAUGUAACUCUACAUUUUUUAAUAUUACGUCUAGUUCUCUAAUUAGUAAAUGGCGUGGUGAAAGUGAAAAAUAUGUUCGAGUACUUUUGGAUUUAGCAAAACACUAUGCUCCAUCAAUAAUCUUUAUCGAUGAAGUUGACUGGACAGUUGGUGGAGGAACGCAUGAUCUAAGUGGUAAAUCUGAACCAAGCCGAAGAUUUAGAGCAGAACUUUUAGCUCGUUUAGAUGGACUUUUAUCCAUGGAAAACAAGAAUGUGUUAUUAUUAGCAGCUACAAAUAUUCCAUGGGAGUUGGACGUAGCUUUAUUAAGAAGAUUAGAGAAGCGUAUUUAUGUAGGACUUCCAAAUGAAUCAGCUAGACAUCAAAUUUUUAAACUUUAUUUGAAAUCUGAUUUGUUUAAAAAACCAGAAUAUAAUAUAAUAUUGAAAAAUACUAGUGAAUAUUCUUGUUCAGAUAUUAAACUUCUCUGUAAAGAAGCUUGGAUGAUGCAACUACGUCCUUUUUGGAUGUGUUUAGAAAAUGGUAAAUCAUGUGUAAAACAUGAUGAAGGAAUCACUAACUUAACACAUUUAACAAAGGCAAUGACGAUAAUUAAGCCAAUCAAUACCAAAAUUCAGUUAAAAUAUGAAAUAUGGGAUCAAAGUUUUGUUAACAAGCAAUAAUUAUUUUUAUAAUUCCAAUCUAGUAGAUGUCCAGUUAAUAAUCACAUCAUUAAUAGAAGUUACUGUAUUGAGAGUAGUUUCACAUUCUAUUAAGGUGCAUCCGAUAAUAUAAAUGAAUACAUCCAUACUAAGAAAUAAACUAUUACACGUUAUUUUGUACAAAAAAUUAUUUAAUUAUCGUGUA